CCAAGCAUGCGAGUCACCACUGACACCUGGCCCCGCCGCGCCGCCCAAGAACCUCUCCUUCUUCUCCUCCUCCGGUCCUCCCUGAUGAAAAGCGCGUCACUGCAAGCACUGAACCCAAACCGAGCCAUGGCGGCCAUGGGGCGAUCUGUGCGGGUGGUGCUGGACUCCUCCGUCCUCCUCGACCCAUCCGGUGUUACAGCGGAGGAGGAGGAGGUGGUGGUGGCGCUGCGGCCUGGGGCGGAGGCGCUGCUGCGGCGCCUGCGAUACUCCAAUCUCCGGGUGGCAAUUUGCCAUCCGGAGGGCUUGCCAACUAAUGAGUCAGGUUUUCUUGAGAAGACUGCAAAAUUGUACUCCUUUGGAUAUAUGCCACUUACAUCUCCAAGUGGGAGCAAUUUACUAAAUGAGUUGAUGUUAGAAUGGAGUGGAACGAAUUUUUGCUUCUAUGUGACUUCAGGAGUUCAUGAAGGUCUACUAUCUGAACUUCAGAAUCACAACUGGGAAGUUAUUGCCAUGGGUAAUGAAGAUGUCAUAAAGAACUCUGGAGUUAUACAUAUUAGCAUGCUUCAAGAGUUACUUAUCACUUUGGCAACUUCAAUAAAAAAGGAAAUAGGAAACUCAUCUGCUUUCGUGGUUGGCUAUGUUAUGAAACAAUCCCGUGAGGAAGACUUUGCCAAGAGAGGAGCAUUCCCCAUUUAUCCUAGUAAAAACGAUCUUAUCUUUGUUCCACUCUCUUUUGAACUUCCCUUAGCUUCUCAAUUGCAAGAAGUUGAUCUAGUGCUACACAAAAUAACUGAUGAGAUCAUCAACAUUGAUCCAAACUCUUCCAUCAGUUUUCCGAAGGGGAUUUCAUUUUCUCCGGGAAUGUCUGAAAUUAUAAGGUUUGUAGAAGAGCACUGUGAUUUUUGUGUAAUUGAUCCAUUCAAAAAUAUUUAUCCAUUGCUGGAUCGCAUCCAAAUUCAAGAAAUUCUAAUCCGACUGGAAGGACUUAGCGCCGAAGGAAGGCCAAAACUCCGAGCACCAUGCUUUUUAAAGAUUGAAAGCUUUUGUGGCAGUGAAUUACAGAAACAACUAGCAGAAGCUAAGUUAUCCUUUCCGCUCAUUGUGAAGCCACAAGUAGCAUGUGGAGUUGCUGAUGCCCACAAUAUGGCAUUGAUUUUCAAAAUCGAAGAAUUUAGCAACCUUAGUGUGCCUCUUCCAGCUAUUCUACAGGAAUAUAUUGACCAUGGAUCCAAAAUAUUCAAAUUUUAUGCAAUUGGAGACAAGAUUUUUCAUGCUAUUAAGAACUCAAUGCCCAAUGCAAGUCAUCUUAAAUCAUCAUCAGGAGGCAAACCUCUUACAUUCAACAGUUUGAAGACUCUUCCAGUGGCUACAAAGGAGCAGCUGCUGCAAAACGAGGUGCAAGAUAGCAAAUUGUUGGACAUUAAUCUAGUAGAAGAGGCUGCAAAAUUGCUGAAGGAAUUGCUAGGGCUUACAAUAUUUGGGUUUGAUGUCGUUGUUCAAGAGUCCAGUGGAGACCAUGUCAUAGUGGACCUAAACUAUCUUCCGUCUUUCAAAGAAGUUCCUGACAAUGUGGCGAUGCCUGCAUUCUGGGAUGCAAUCAAGCAGUCAUAUGAGUCAAGGAAGCAGAUGACACAAACUUACAUACAGAUGAAGCCCUUGAGCUCCUUUUCAACUCAUCCCAUGCUCCAGGGAUGGUUUCAGGAUUGCCAGCACAUUUUUGUCCUUGGAGUAUUCAGUAUGGAUCGCCUGAAGAGAGUUACUGGCAUGGCUAAGGGAUUAUCAGCUGUUCCGGCUCAGAAAAACGAAGACGAGAGCUUGGUUCUCUUUGGUGAGCUGUACAGGCAUGAGAAGGAGAAGGAUGUGAACCUCCUUGAACCAAUGUACUCAGUGGAGUUCGAAGCAAUUCAAGGAACCAGUCGUAUGUUCAAGUUACCAUCAGGCAAGAAAGAUUACCUCCUACCAGAUGGUGGAAAGCACGAUUACGACUGGCUCAAGACUCCUCCAGCUACUCCACUGUUCCCUUCCCUCGAGAUGGAAGCUAAUUCCUCUCAAAUGGUUUUUCAGAGAGAAUUGCCUAUCCUUCAGCCAGUUAAAACUUCAAGGUUCUCAAUCAAGCCUGAACCAACAAGCACAUCAACAAGAACUGAAUCGCCUACCUCCAGCUCCUCAAAGUCUGCUACUCCGACGGCAAGAUCCAGUAGCUCUUCAUCAAAGAAAAACUUCACCAAAGGAGAUCCUGCUCUCUCUGAAGUGACCACAGCUUACAAAAUGGACAAGAGAUCAAGCUACACUCCUCUGAAGAACAUACAACAACUUGCAGCUCCAACAACUAAAAGUACAGCAGCCAGCAAAGCAGCCAAGAAAACCUCAGCCAGCAAGAAGCCUGAAUUCCCAGGCAGCACAAAUGCAGUAAACAAAAUGGCCAAACUAGGAAUCCCCGACAAGCCGCUGAAGAAAACCACAGCGACUGCACCGAAAGCUCGGUCCAAAGAUCCCGCAAUUGGUAUGAAGGAUCUGAAAAUGGAUGCUGGCACAGCAAGAAGAAUGCCAUGCCCACCUGCUGCAACAGUGGGUAGCAACAAUGAGCUUAACAAAGUUGCAGGGAAAGGAAGGAGAAGAACUGGAGGUGAGCCUGCUCCUGGCAAUGGCAGCCGUGCCACUGAAGCUACUACAAAUGGAAGGAGAAGAGCAGUUGCUGAGAAGGAGCAUGGACAAAGGCUUGGAAGCCUUGCAAAGAAGUGAAACAGAAAUAUCACCAUUCUAUCCAGAGCACACUUAACUUGAAUGUUUUUUUCUCGGUUAAUGUUUGUGUUUAUGGGGUUUUACCAAUGCUGAAUGAACACUCUUCAUGUUGAGGAGUUUAAUCAUCUUAUGAGUACGAGUUGCAGAAACAUUGAAAUUGUUCAUAGAUUUGGGAAAUCACUUUGUUCAUUUCUACGGAACAGAGUUAAUCCUGAUUGAACCAACCAACACGAAUUUUUCUGCUCUCUUAUAA